AAUAAAUUCCGCCCCGGUCUGUAGCCACGCCCCUUCCCUACAGCUGCUGUCUAUCCGGGAAACUACCACAAACUGUUCUGUUGCUGUGACGGACCCCGGACACACAACGGACAGGAGGAUCAGUAUAACUCUGAACCGAUUCUCCAGUAUGUUGCCUCAACACCUGAAGCAGAUUAGAGUCCUCAUGCUGAACGACAAGCAGAAUUUAGAGAGAACUCUGUUCAGACUCGAGCAAGGGUUUGAGCUGCAGUUCCGUCUCGGUCCGAGCCUUCAGGGAAAGAAGGUCAUGGUGCACACCAACUAUCCACUUGGAGGACAGCUGUUUGACCGAAACAACUUCCGUGUGUUGCCGUGGACCUACCCAACAGGAAAGGAAGAAGACUCGGAUAAGUUCUGCUCUCUGGACCUCAAGUUGGCCGGGUCCUAUCAGUACUACUUUGGAUAUGUAGACUCGGAGCGCAUAGGAGGAGGUUAUAUUGUGGUGGAUCCAGUUCUCCGUGUCGGGGCCGACGACCGUAUUUUGCCGUUAGACUGCAUCACCAUCCAGACCUACCUGUCCAAAUGUCUGGGACACCUGGAUGACUGGCCAGAUAGACUGAGAGUGGCCAAGGAGUCGGGAUACAACAUGGUCCACUUCACUCCAGUGCAGACUCUGGGGGAGUCCAGGUCCUGCUACUCCUUAGCUGACCAGCUGAGCGUCAACCCAGAGUUCAGCCCGGCGGGUCGCAGCUACGACUGGACGGAUGUGGGGGGGCUGGUGGAGAAGCUAAAGACAGAGUGGGACAUGCUGUGCAUCACAGACGUGGUGUAUAACCACACUGCUGCCAACAGCGUGUGGAUCAGGGAGCAUCCAGAGUGUGGAUAUAACCUGGUGAACUCUCCUCACCUGCGCCCAGCCUGGGUGUUAGACAGAGCUCUGUGGCAUUUAACCACCAGAGUAGCCGAGGGACGCUACAAAGCUAAAGGACUUCCUGCUGACAUCACCACGGAGAGUCAUCUCAAUGCCGUCCGCAGUGUGAUGUGGCAGGACGUGUUCCCUCAGAUCAAACUGUGGGAGUUCUACCAGGUCAAAGUGGACAGUGCUGUGGAGGAGUUUAGGACCCUGCUGCAAAACGGUACCAAGCCAGACCGCAGCAAGACUGGAGGGAAGACGGGCCUCAGGAUCAUUCAGCAUCCACAAUACCGUCGCUAUGGCAACACAGCAGACAUGGACUCUGCUCUGGAGACGUUUGUGCCUCACAGCUCGUCACCUCAACACAUCGAGGAGUGCUGCGGGUGGCUAAAUCAGAAACUGACUGACCUGAACGCAGAGCAGCAUCACCUCGUGCACCAGCAUCAGGAGCAGGCUGUCAACUGUCUUAUUGGAAACAUCGUCUAUGAACGACUUGCUGAGCACGGUCCCAGGCUGGGCCCUGUCACCAGGACCAACCCAAUGGUCACCAGGUAUUUCACCUUCCCCUAUCAGGACAUGACUCUGGACCAGGAAAUGCAGCUGCUGGACCAGCCAGACAAGAUGUGCCACUUCCUGGCCCACAACGGUUGGGUGAUGGGCGACGAUCCACUCAGGAACUUUGCUGAACCAGGCUCCAGCGUGUACAUUCGUCGGGAGCUGAUCGCCUGGGGCGACAGCGUCAAACUGCGCUACGGCAACACGCCCGACGACUGUCCCUACCUGUGGGAUCACAUGAAGAAAUACACACAAAUCACAGCCAAGUAUUUCCACGGAGUCCGUCUGGACAACUGCCACUCCACACCUUUACACGUUGCUGAGUUCAUGCUGGACGUGGCCAGAGCGGUGCGUCCUGACCUGUAUGUGGUGGCUGAGCUGUUCACCGGCAGCGAGGAGCUGGAUAAUGUCUUUGUUACCAAGCUAGGGAUUACAUCACUCAUACGAGAGGCGAUGUCAGCUGGCGACAGCCACGAGGAGGGCCGGCUGGUGUAUCGUUACGGCGGCGAGCCAGUAGGAGCUUUUGUUCAGCCCAGUCUCCGCCCACUGACGCCCUCCAUUGCACACGCCAUGUUUCUUGAUGUAACCCAUGACAACGAGUGUCCUAUCCAGCUCCGCUCAGCCUUCGACGCUCUGCCCAGCUCUGCUAUCGUGGCCAUGGCGUGCUGCGCUACUGGCUCCACCCGAGGAUACGAUGAACUGGUGCCACAUCAGAUCUCUGUGGUGAAGGAGGAGCGCUUCUAUCCCAAGGUGAUGAAGAAAGCUGGAGUGACGUCAAAAGGGCGUUCAGAGUUCGUGCACGAGAUCACCUUCCAGAAGCUGACACCCGGCAGCAUCAUCGCCUUCAGGGUCAGUUUGGACCCCAAAGCCCAGAAGCUGGUGGGACUGCUGAGGUACUAUCUGUCCCAGUUCAGCCCAAAGUACAGGAGAGGCAGUGUAGCAGAUGAAAACCCCCCAGACGCACUGAAGAAGCCCCUGGCACAGCUCAUGUCCAGGCUGACGCUGGCAGACAUGAAUGUCCUGCUGUUCUGCUGCGACACGGAGGAGAGAGAGGAAGGCGGAGGCUGUUACAGUAUCCCCGGCUGGGAAACUCUCAAAUACGCAGGACUUCAGGGUCUGAUGUCUGUGUUUGCUGAUGUCCGUCCCAACAACGACCUGGGCCAUCCUUUGUGUGCCAACCUCAGAGACGGAGACUGGCUCAUCGACUUCGUCGCCAACAGGCUGCUGCACAGGGAGGGGCCGCUGGCAGAGGUGGGUCGCUGGUUGGCAGCCAUGUUUAAUUUCCUCAAACACAUGCCCCGCUACCUCAUCCCCUGCUACUUCGAUGCCAUCCUAGUUUCCACCUACACCGCUGUGUGGUGGUGGCUGCAGUGCAUCCAGGACUACACUACCCAGGUUCCCAGAGGGCAGGAGAUCCUCAGCUGCCCUGUCACACGCAUGUACCCCACUGAUGACUGCGAGCCUUGUAAACCUGGAGAGGUGGAGCAGCCUCUGUAUGAUGUGAUCCAUGAAGCUCUGCGGCGCCACCUGGAGGGCAUUUCCUUCAGAGAGAGAAACGCUGGACCCAAAAUAGACAUGAAAAUGAGAGCUCCAGAGCUGUUCACGGUGGAGAGAGCCUGGAACGCUUUGGAGGUAGCUGGGAAGAAACUGCUGGGACCACUGGGAAUGAAAACGCUCGAUCCUGAUGACCUGGUGUACUGUGGCGUCUACGAUAACGCGCUGGACAAUGACAACUACAACGUGGCCAGAGGCUUCAACUACCACCAAGGGCCGGAAUGGCUGUGGCCAGUCGGGUACUUCCUGCGUGCUAAACUCUACUUUGCAAAGAAGCUGGGAGAAGACACGUACACCAAAACGGUUACCUUGGUGAAAAAUGUGCUGUCACAACAUUACACUCACCUGGAGAGGUCUCCGUGGAAGGGUCUGCCAGAGCUGACCAAUGAGAAUGGCCAGCACUGUCCAUUCAGCUGUGAGACCCAGGCCUGGUCUCUAGCCACGGUGCUGGAGGUCCUGUAUGACCUGUAGACCAGAGGGCCACCUGCUGCUCAUCGCCAGCCAAUCACAACACGUUCUGUGAUUGCACCCACUCAGAAAGGUGGACGAGAGGGUCAGUGUGGAUGGAGUCACACUUUCUUUUUUCGAGGGGGGGUCCUGGUAGCAUUUCCACAUAAAUACUGCAGCGCUUAAAGUGUUUACUAACCAGCCUUGAUUGCAUUUGUUUGUAGUUGAGUUUGCAAGCUAAAUAAAAGAGAAGGUCCCAGAAA